ACGCCAUCUGCGAAGAGGUGAUGUGGCUGUAUUCUCAAGAGUGUUCCUUUUAAUUUCUUGAAAAUAUAUUUAGCUAGCUAUAACGUGUCUUAGUUAAUCUUUUUUUAUAUAAUGGUUAAGCGUAAUAUUUAAUUUCUUAGUAUAUAAUAUAUAUAAUAUAAAUCGAAAUUAUGACAAUCAAAUGGAAAGUCAACGCCGCAUCCUUUGUUCGAAGUGCAUUCCUCAUUAUUUUUGUUUAUGCAACCUCCAUCAGUUUAACAUUUUACAACAAAUGGAUGUCUAAGAAGUAUCGAUUCCCAUUGACGGUCAGCACUGUUCAUUUUGUGGUUGUUUUUCUUUUGUCCGCUCUUGGACGCAGGCUUCUAGAAUUAUACUACAAGGAACAUCGAAUCGUGUUAGGAUGGGGAAUGUAUUUCAGAAAAGUAUUUCCAACAGCUGUCUCUGCAUCGUUGGAUAUAGGCUUGUCAAACUGGAGCAUCAUGUUAAGCACAAUCUCUUUAUAUACCAUGGCAAAAUCGUCAACUAUAUUAUUUAUAUUACUUUUUUCCAUUCUGUUUGGUCUAGAGAAAAUAAAUUGCUCUCUGGUGAUUGUGGUUCUUCUUAUUGCGACUGGAUUAUUUCUAUUCACAUAUGAAUCAAAACAAUUUAACAUGGUUGGAUUUAUUAUGGCAAUUCUAGCUUCAGUCAUGGCUGGUGUAAGAUGGACAACUGCUCAAUUAGUCAUGCAGAAAAAAUCUAUAGGUUUAACUAAUCCACUGGAUGCAAUAUUUCACAUCCAACCCAUAAUGGCGUUAACAAUGGUGGUGCUUGCAUUUUCAAUGGAGGGAACAGCUGUGGCAAGUUCAGAUUUGUUGUUCCGCGCUCCUUCGUACGAUGUUGCGAUCUCAUCUUUAUUCAUCGUAUUAAUUGGAGCUGUACUUGCGUUCUUAUUAACUUUGUCAGAAUUUCUACUUGUUUGUAAUACGUCAUCUCUUACUUUAUCAAUAGCUGGUAUUUUUAAGGAAGUGUGUACGCUGACAAUCGCAACGGAACUUGGGGGUGACAAGUGGACAGUGACAAAUUUUAUUGGACUUGUCAUCUGUAUGACAGGUAUAAGCGUCCAUGUCGUUGGGAACGCACUAAAAGAAUCAACUAGUAAGCCGGAGAACUCUAAUGACGGUGAAAAGUUGGCUAUGAAAUCGCUACUGCAAGACGACAAUUCUGAUAGCGAUGACGUGUUAUUUGAAUCUGUUGCCAAACCGAGGCGGUUUCAACAUGGAGACUAACAGAACGAGUAUUUAGUUAAGAAUUUUUCUAAAUCUCAAGAAAUAUUUCUAAAAAUUUGUAUAUUUAUUUUGUUUAUUUUUGGAAAAAUUCUUUUUUGAA